ACGUCGAGUGCACGAAGCUCCAGCUCCAUAGUUUCCUCUGUGUUCGCAAAAUGAUGAAGAAUUUUCAUAUUUUUACCAUCGUCUUGACGAUCUUCGUAACCGUUAUCAAUGGACGAGUUUAUUAUUUGCCGAAUUUGGAUGAGAAUCGUUAUGCGGAUUCAUCCUAUCCUAUUCCAAAUGAACAGUCAUCGCGGGAUUUAGAUUUGAGUUUUUCCGCAGGGGAUUUGAACGAGUUUGAUAAUAAGAUACGUCCUGUUAAUAAGGUGUUCACGCUUGCCGUGCCGGAAAAGCCGUCCAUCGAAGUGAACAAAGAGGAGCUACCGAUCACGCGCUACAAAUUAGUCGAAGCACCUGUUAAGAGAAUUGGAUCUGAUGAUGUCAUCGUGGUCCCGGAGUCGAACCGAAAAAUCAUGAAAAUCGAUAAGAACAAGGGCGAAGUGAUCUUAGAACUUCGCGUUAUCGCUAAUCACGAUACUAUUUAA